AUGGCCUCCAGCAGCACCGAUGCUUUUGCUGAAAGACCAGCGAAGCUUCAGAAGGUGAAUGCUCUGAGAAGGAAAUUGCCCCAUCUCACAGCCUCGGCUUUGUCCGAAGUUUGCAAAGUUCUGCGGGACGAGGGUGUCCCGGAACUCACACAAAGAAAACAUAUAGCCGAGGCUGCCUGGCAACCCCUGAAAGAGAAUAGGAUCCUCAAUCGUCUGUCACUUUUGCAGACAGAUGGUGCAGAGCUGCAGAUACCCAGUGUCGAUUUUUGGGCUCUGCUGCAAGCUGCUAUCUCGGAUGCCGACAGCAACUUCGCCCAAUAUUUUUGGGCGUGCAUCGACAAGAAUCCUCCGAGCCCCAGCUCGGCAUGGCGGCUGAUCCUCUAUACGGACGAGAUCGUGCCGGGUAAUCCUUUGGCAGUCCAGACGAAGAGAAAAAUCUGGGCUUGCUAUGCCUCGUUCGUAGAACUUGGAAGCUAUGCAUUGCAGCACGAGGAGUCGUGGCUAUGCAUAGGACUGCUCCGAUCCAGCCUGAUGGCCAAGGCCGAAGCAGGUGUCUCUCAAUGGAUCUCGAAAAUCCUGCGAGACAUAUUCAUGCGGCCGGCCAACCAUUUGGAGCACGGGAAUGUAAUAGCACAACGAUGUGAUAUCCUGCACAGCAGCGGGCUCCCCGUGGUCGGUUCCUCUGAGAUCCGAGAAAGUAAGCUUUCGCUUGCGACCGACCAAUCCAUCCACGAGGCCAUGGCUAAACUGGCAGAGAAGAAGAUGCUUCUGAAUGCUGCAGAUUUCAGCACGUGGCAGCAAGCCACCGGCUGGACUUAUAAUAGUUGUUCCCUGCUGCAACAAGAGGAUCAACGAUGGCUGGUCCGGCCGGUCUCACAGUAUUGCCACGACAGCAUGCACACCCUGCUGGUCUCCGGUGUCUUCCAGACAGUGACCUGGCUUGUUUUGGAAGCUUUGCAGAAGCAGUUUCCCAAUCUCUGGGAAAUCGCCGACGAGUACGUGGCCAAGUGGACCCUGCCCCGGAACAUCUCGGCCAAGGCCGAAGGGAUGCUGGGUCAGUCCCGAGCAAAAGCAUGCAAGGAAGCCGAGACCUUUAAAUGCACGGCCUCCGAAGGCUUGACACUGUCUCCAAUAUUGGCUUGUUUCUUCAGGCAGCUCGCCAGGGCAAAUGCAAAUGUUGAGGCAGUGCAAGCGAUCCAAUGUUUCUUGCAGCUGGACAAACUCGUGGCAUGCUGCCAGAGAGCUCGCAGUGAGGGAGCGGUUUCGCCCGGCCAGAUGAGAAAGCACGUUUCCGAUUUCUUGCAAGCAGUGCAUGCUGCUGAGUGGCAGGACCGCAUGCAUUCCAAGUUCCAUUGGCUUCUCCACUUCGGUUCGCACCUGGAAAAGUGGGGCUUCAUGGUUCAGUGCUACACUCACGAAAGAAAGCAUCGCACUAUCAAGAGAUUCGCCGAGGACAUCAAGAAGACUUCUGCUUACGAGCAGGGUCUUCUCCGAGAAGUUCUUGGACAAGAACUAUAUUGCUUGGCAAGAGCUGAUUGUUUCGCAGCGAUGCUGCAGUUGCAGGACCCGAAGCCAGCUUCUCGGAGGAAGGCGGCAGCACUUCGCAAAAUCAUUCCGGAGCUGACCUCGGCACAAGUGAUUCAUGUGGCAGAAAAAGUCAGGCUGCCCUCCGGGGAACGGAUAUGUCGUGGCGAUGCGGUGCUGCUUGAAGGGAACGGUUGCUUGGAGUGUGCCCUUGUCUGGGCAUUCGUGGAACUGGCAGGGCAAGCCUACAGUGUUGUGCAUUCCAUUUCUUCUCUGCUUUGCGAUGACCUCGUGGGGGAGUGCUCCUGCAUAGACAGCCUGCAUCUGCUGCCAUGCAGAGACUUUCUGUGUGCAUGCACAUGGAGAGACAUGGCCGGAGGCCGACGACAAAUCAUCCUGCCUGCUUCCCUCCGAUGA